UUCCCUCUCGGAGGGAGUGGGAGAGCGGUGAGUGAGCAACUACACACGCAAAUAGGGUAUACGGCAGAUUCUUUCUUCAGGGCACCUCAGCAAUGUGUGUCCUGCACUUGACGAGCAUUGCUCGUCCUUUGUGUACUAUCCCAGCGAUGUUGAAUUGUUCUCGGGCGGAACAUUGCCGCACUGUGCCGUUAUGAAAGGACGUCGGAGCUCUGGUGGGAGACGAGCAAAAACUUUGAGCAGAAACUCUGCUCGGGGUGGGCGGUUUGCAGCACUUCGCUGGAUUCUGCUGUGAGCGCUCAAGAUGAUACUGAGGAAACCUGCAACGUUCUACUUCGUGCUCAUCGCCGUCACAACUCCGUUUUUCACCAUCUUCCUUAUGAUGCACAAGCCAGACUUGUCAGAAGAAGUGGCGCUGGUGCAGAAGCUCGCCGAGCUGCAGGAGCGUCUGCGGCACGCCGAGAUGAUGAACCAGCAGCGAUGGCAGGACAUGGUGGCCCUACAGCGAGUGGUGCUUAACAACGAGACUUCCAUUCUCGACCUGCAACUGCCCAGCAUCUUCCACUUCCUGCCUCACCUGGCAAGUGACCCGGAGGCCUUUCGUCCCGCACUCAAGGUGUCCGCUGGGCGAACUGCCGCUAGCAUGGUACUAGGCAUACCGACAGUGAAGCGUGAAGUCCAGAGCUACCUGAUGGCGACGUUACAUAACCUCAUUGAGAACAUGACUCCUCAGGAGAGGAACACUUGCCUCAUCGUGGUCUUCAUCGCGGAGGUAGAUAAGGAGUUUGUCACAAAACAAGCAACAGAAAUUCAAGAAGAGUUUACAGAAUAUGUGGAAUCUGGCCUCCUCGAAGUGAUAUCGCCUCCAGCAUCAUUUUAUCCUGACAUGGACAAGCUGAAGCAAACACUUGGGGACCCAUUGGAGCGUGUCAAGUGGCGAACCAAGCAGACGCUAGACUUUGCCUACCUCAUGAUGUAUGCCCAGGGAAAAGGAACGUUCUAUGUACAGCUAGAAGAUGACAUCCUUAGUAAGCCGGGAUACAUUCGGAAGAUGAGCGAGUACGCGUACAAGCAAGUUAGCCUUAAAAAGGACUGGCUCAUCCUGGAUUUCUGUCAGCUAGGAUUUAUAGGAAAAAUGUUUAAAUGUGUGGACCUGUCAAAGUUCAUUGUGUUCUUCCUAAUAUUUCACAAUGACAAGCCAGUCGACUGGUUGUUGGACCACAUGGUGCAAACAAAGGUGUGCCGGUUUGACAAGGAUAUUAAAGACUGUAAAAAGAGAAAGGACCAAGUGUGGAUCCACUACAAGCCAUCACUCUUCCAACAUGUGGGCACCCAUUCUUCGCUAAAGGGCAAAGUGCAGAAGCUCAAGGACCAUCAGUUCGGCAAAUUGUCUCUCUUUGUGGUUCACCACAAUCCACCCGCCGAAGUGAGCACCACGCUUAAGGUGUACAAGGCGUACAACAUCGUUCGAGCGUACAAAGGGGACAAUUUCUUUUGGAGCCUUUUGCCGCAGAAGGGAGACAAUGUCACCUUCCGCUUCACUCCCCCUAUAAGAAUUGAAAGAUUCCUUUUCCGAAGUGGGAACCCAGAGCAUCCGGAGGACCGGUUCUACAACACAACGGUGGAAGUACAGCUGGAUUACGAGCCAGUUCCACUCCCACUCCCUAGAACUGCAGAUGGCUUUUAUGUAGUUGGUUCCUUCAAGGACACGACGGGUCUAGCAGCUUCUGAAGUACCGCCAGAGACAGGUCUCAUCCGUACCAUGAGGUUGAACGUGCAGGCUGAUGCUACUCGUUGGGCCAUACUUAGUGAGAUCCACAUCAAAGAAUAUCCUUCCAAUUCUACGCAUCGAUAGCAGUAAUUUUUCUAGUGUGUAAAGGUAUGUCAACAUCAUCAUGAAGUAGCUGCCCUUCCAAGGACCCAAUGUGCAAUACACGCCGCGGAAGAUGGUUUGAGCCGACUGGACGAAAAGCACCGACCGGACCUCAGUGAUGCAGUGUGAAGGUGUCAUCUACCACGGACAAUAUUAAGCAUACACUGAAGGAACGUGUGCAAGGCUGAGCAAAGCCAGUGUGACCAAGUGUGUUCAUUAAGUGUGUGAGUUAAGUUUGUGGACAUCAUUAUUGUUAGAUGCAGAUCAAGAGGGACACGUGUUGAAAGCAACAGUUGACCGGUGAUAAUGACGUGGUCUCGUGGAAGCUUGGAGAGUGAACAAAGGUUAUUUGCUUGCCAGAAAGUGGCACUUUCCUCCACAUCACCAUCACCAUCAACAACGUCUCGCAAUAACCCUGCCUGCGCACCUUGUUUUUACAAAUUUAGUUUACCCGCCCAAUGGAUGGUAUGCAGGCUGUUCAGCGCUGGAAAAAUUCCACCUCGCACGCAUGUCAAAGCAUGUCAUCUCCUAAAAACUGGUACAGUAUUGAUCAGGUGAAAAAUGAAAACUGUGAUGAAAAACAA